UGCCCAGAAAGGCGGCGACGCGGCCGAUGACAACAUUAGGCCGCGACGCGUUCCGGGCUGGGCGGCGGUGGUAGCGGCAGCCCGAGGGGCUGUAGCGUUGGUUUCAGCCUCCGCCGGAGCUGCCACCGACAGCAGGCAGACGGAGGGGAGGUGGGGGCCCGCCCUGGCCGGAGGACAGCCGGCCCGGAGUUCCCGCCCUCCUCGCGGGCAGCGCCUCCGCGGCAGCCAGACUGCGCCCUCAGCCCGGGCUCGCACCCCCUUGCUGCCAGCGACAGCGGCUGAGAGAAGUUGGGGGUCCCACCGAUCGCGUGCAGGGGCCCGGACCCCGGCGCCGCCCCGACCACCACCGAGGAACCGGCUCCCCGCGUCCCGCCUCUCCAAGGGCUCCACCUCGGAUUUCCAGACUUAUAGAAUGGCUAUACAUUAAUGGAAAGUACAGCAUAAAUCUCUCAUUAUGGAGGCAGGUUUGGCAGAUGGAGAAAGUGACCGAACUUCGCUUCUUGGUGAUAGCAAAGAUGUCCUUGGGCCAUCAACUGUUGUAGCAAACAGUGACGAAUCUCAGCUUCUGACACCAGGAAAAAUGAGUCAGCGCCAAGGGAAAGAAUCUUAUCCAACACCAACCAAAGAUUUGCAUCAGCCAUCUCUUAGUCCAGCAAGUCCGCAUAGCCAGGGUUUUGAAAGAGGGAAGGAAGAUAUUUCUCAAAAUAAGGAUGAAUCUUCACUUUCUAUGUCAAAGAGCAAGUCUGAAUCUAAACUUUAUAAUGGCUCAGAGAAGGACAAUUCAACUUCAAGCAAACUCACAAAAAAAGAAUCUCUUAAGGUACAAAAGAAAAAUUACCGAGAAGAAAAGAAAAGAGCCACAAAGGAGUUGCUCAGUACAAUCACAGAUCCUUCUGUUAUUGUUAUGGCUGAUUGGCUGAAGAUUCGUGGUACGCUAAAGAGCUGGACCAAGUUGUGGUGUGUGUUGAAACCUGGAGUGCUCCUGAUAUAUAAAACCCAAAAAAAUGGUCAGUGGGUAGGAACAGUCCUUCUGAGUGCCUGUGAAAUCAUCGAGCGCCCAUCGAAAAAGGAUGGCUUUUGUUUCAAACUUUUCCAUCCUUUGGAGCAAUCUAUUUGGGCAGUGAAGGGUCCAAAAGGUGAAGCAGUUGGGUCCAUUACUCAGCCCUUACCUAGCAGUUAUUUGAUUAUCCGAGCUACUUCAGAGUCAGAUGGAAGGUGCUGGAUGGAUGCUUUGGAAUUGGCUUUGAAAUGUUCUAGUCUUCUUAAACGUACAAUGAUCAGGGAAGGAAAGGAACAUGACCUGAGCAUUUCAUCAGAUAGCACACACGUGACGUUGUAUGGCUUAUUACGUGCUAACAAUCUCCAUAGUGGUGACAACUUCCAGUUAAAUGAUAGUGAAAUUGAACGACAGCAUUUCAAAGACCAAGAUAUGUAUUCGGAUAAAUCUGAUAAAGAAAAUGAUCAAGAGCAUGAUGAAUCUGACAAUGAGGUGAUGGGGAAAAGUGAAGAAAGUGACACGGAUACAUCAGAAAGGCAAGAUGACUCAUACAUUGAACCUGAGCCUGUUGAGCCCUUAAAGGAGACCACCUACACCGAGCAGAGCCAUGAAGAAUUGGGAGAGGCAGGUGAGGCUUCUCAAACAGAAACUGUAUCUGAAGAAAACAAAAGCCUUAUCUGGACGCUGCUGAAGCAAGUCCGUCCUGGAAUGGACCUGUCCAGGGUGGUUCUGCCUACAUUUAUUUUAGAACCCCGUUCUUUCCUGGAUAAACUUUCAGAUUACUAUUAUCAUGCAGAUUUCCUGUCUGAGGCUGCUCUUGAAGAAAAUCCUUAUUUCCGUUUGAAGAAAGUAGUGAAAUGGUAUUUGUCAGGAUUCUAUAAAAAGCCAAAGGGAUUGAAAAAACCUUAUAAUCCUAUUCUUGGGGAAACCUUCCGUUGUUUGUGGAUUCAUCCCAGAACAAACAGCAAAACUUUUUAUAUUGCUGAACAGGUGUCUCAUCAUCCACCAAUAUCCGCCUUUUAUGUUAGUAACCGAAAAGAUGGAUUUUGCCUUAGUGGUAGUAUCCUGGCUAAGUCUAAGUUCUAUGGAAACUCAUUAUCUGCAAUAUUAGAAGGAGAAGCACGAUUAACUUUCUUGAACAGAGGCGAAGAUUAUGUAAUGACAAUGCCAUAUGCUCAUUGUAAAGGAAUUCUUUAUGGUACAAUGACACUGGAGCUUGGUGGAACAGUCAAUAUUACAUGUCAAAAAACUGGAUACAGUGCAAUACUUGAAUUUAAACUAAAGCCAUUUCUAGGGAGUAGUGAUUGUGUUAAUCAAAUAUCAGGGAAACUUAAAUUGGGAAAAGAAGUUCUAGCUACUCUGGAAGGCCAUUGGGAUAGUGAAGUUUUUAUUAAUGACAAAAAGACUGAUAAUUCGGAGGUUUUCUGGAAUCCAACACCUGACAUUAAGCAGUGGAGAUUAAUAAGGCACACUGUGAAAUUUGAAGAACAGGGAGAUUUUGAAUCAGAGAAACUUUGGCAGCGGGUAACUCGAGCCAUAAAUGCUAAAGACCAAACCGAAGCUACCCAAGAAAAGUAUGUUUUGGAGGAAGCCCAAAGGCAAGCUACCAGAGAUCGCAAAACAAAAAACGAAGAGUGGACUUGCAAGUUAUUUGAACUUGAUCCACUUACAGGAGAAUGGCAUUACAGGUUUGCAGAUACCCGACCAUGGGACCCACUUAAUGAUAUGAUACAGUUUGAAAAAGAUGGUGUUAUCCAGACCAAAGUGAAACAUCGUACUCCAAUGGUUAGUGUCCCAAAAAUGAAGCAUAAGCCAACCAGGCAACAGAAGAAAGUGGCAAAAGGCUAUUCCUCCCCAGAACCUGAUAUCCAGGACUCAUCUGGAAGUGAAGCUCAAUCAGUAAAACCAAGUACCAGAAGAAAGAAAGGGAUAGAACUGGGAGACAUUCAAAGUUCCAUUGAAUCUAUAAAACAAACCCAGGAAGAAAUUAAAAGAAAUAUUCUCGCUCUUCGAAAUCAUUUUGUUUCCAGCACACCCGCCACGGAUUAUUUUCUGCAACAAAAAGACUACUUCAUCAUUUUUCUCCUGAUUUUGCUUCAAGUCAUAAUAAACUUCAUGUUUAAGUAGAAGAUCUCUACGGUUGAAUCAGUGAACUAGAAAAAUCGGAUUUGCCCUGGGACCAAUGUUCACGUUGGUUUGGGCUUUAUUAAAAUAUUGCAAUAUUUCUAAAGAAACCUAGAUGAUAAAUGUAGAGACUUUUCAUAUGUUUUAUCCUUAACCUGAAACAAGAGCUAUCCUGUUUGGUUAUUAAAUUGAGUUAUGUGUUAAGUGCCAGGACAUUUCUAGCUUUUGUGAGGCUGUGUCUACAUGUGAAUAUAAUAAAUCCACAUGUAUACACAAUUGUCUCUUAUGUACUCUUACCUAAAAGUAGUCUUGUGUUCUAUAGUAUGUUCUAAGAUAUAAUGUUAACAUUGUUUGUAAAAUGCUAUAAAUCUUAUAAAUAUAGGGGUAGUAAUCUGUUUUCUUCACAAAACUUUAAUCAGUAAGGAAUUAAGGGCUGGGGAAUGAUGGAAUAAUAGACAUAAAUAAUUCAAAAUACUGUACUGAUGAUUUCACUGCUGAAGCACCCAACUCAAUUGUCUUCAUAGAAACAGCAAGAAAAAAAAGUGUUGAGUGGUAAAAACUAAUAUAUUGAAAGAAGUUGCAAAUUACUUUCUAAAAGUUUACACAAGAUUUUUUUUAACCCCCUAGAAUUUAAUAUUUAUAGAUACAGGUAAUGUUUAUGUAUGUGUAUAUCAAUAUAAAAAACUGGUAUGUAGCUGAUUGGACCUAUUGAUUAUAAUAACCAUCUUAAGCACUUGCUGAAGAACGUGUGGUAAAAGCUGGUUGCUGUCCUUUUUUCUCCUUUUUAUUUUUGUUAAGUCAGCUGGUUCUUAACAUAGGCCAAAUUCUAGAGAUAUUGAUAGGGUAUAUGAAAUGGUGACAAUUCAUGUUUUUUCAUUAUGAAAAAAUUACUUUAGUUUUCAUUUAGACCCUCGUGUGUUCAGUGAAUAAGUAGAAUGAAAAAAUGGUAACCAAUAUUUUACUUUUAAAAGCCAAAAAGAGAAAAGCAAUAAGAAAAGAUACUAUGUGGUGGCCUUUAUGUCUGCAUAAAAUUGGUUUCUUUAAAAUGUGCAAUACAAUGAGCAUCCAAGAAGAGUACUAAGUACUGAAUUUUUUUUUAUUAUAUCCCACUCUGAGUAACUUAAUUCUGUAAGAUUCCUUUUAUGCAGGCUCAGGCAUACUUUUUUAAGUUUUUGUUCAGUUUUUACAUAAAUAUAGUCCUUAAAAAUAAUCUAUCCAAAGGUAGUUAAGUCUAGGAACAUAUUAUCCUAAAAUAUACAGUACAAUCCCGAAAGUAUAGAUUUCAAUGUAGCUAUUACUGACAGUGAAGGUCAAUGAGUGUAAUCACUCUGGCUACAUUUCCUUUGACUAAGAAGAAACUAUGAGACAUUAAUAAAAUUACAAUCAACUGUUUAUGCCAUGGUAAAUAUGGAAUCAAGGGACGUUUGCUAAAUUGUGAAAACUGAAAAUGAGAAAACUUGCAUUUUGCCCCAAUAUAACCAUCUUAAGUAUCCCUAUAUUUCUGUGACGAGCCAUUUCCCAUGUAGUGUUAGUGCUGUAUUCCAUAAGUAUGUGCGAAAAUAUUUUUAGAUUGAUAAAAGCGUAAAUAAGAUGUACCUAUGCCUGGAAUUUUCAUGGCUACAUUAGAAAAUGGGUGUGUGUUUUUGGCUGUAUACCAUUUUUUUCAAUAUAAUUUUUGUAUUCACAUUCUGUUACCAAUAUUAUGCUCAAAUGCCUAUUCAUUGAAGUAUGAUAUUUUGUAAAUAUUGUACAAUUUGAUAUUUUUUAUGGUUUAAACUAGUAUUAAUUUAUAUUAUAUAUCACUUGAUUGGCUGCUUAACAAAAAUUGUUUCCUUGUUGAACCCUGAAAACUUAAAAAUUUUUUUGGUGACCUGCCUUAGGAUCUUGGUCUUAAACUACUUGUAUGUUACUCUCAUUCAGCCUAAAUAAUGUUUUAUUUGUAUAGAUAUCUCUAAAACUGGAAAGGUUGUUAUUUUCUUUUUUAAAUUUCUUUAGGCAGUUAUUGUGGUUUCUUAUCCAAGGAGUCAAAAACUGUUUCAUAUGAAAGAGCAGGGUUACUCAUGACUGUUUCAUAUACACUAAAAGCAUAUACUAAUCUAAUAGUCCUCUUGUGCUUUUGGUUAUAUGAGUUCCUUUCUAUAAGCUGAACACAAAACUCAGGAACUGGUGGUUUCAUUUUAGAUCAGUGCUUACUUGUAUUAGGCUUAGUAUGUGAAUGUGAAUCCUUCGAGACACAAAAUCAAUGUUUAAGAUUUUAGCCAUACUAGGUAAAUGACUUUGAAUGUUCUUUACCUGAGAUUAAUCUUCCUUCACGAAUGGAUUCAUAAUGUGAUUCACAGUUUCCAAUUGUCUGACAGCCUCAUGAUGGUUUCUAGGACUUAAGACCUUAUGACCAGUUUUUUUUUCAUUUAUCAAAAAUUUGAUUUCUCAUGAAAAUGAGAUGAGUAAUUAUUGAUAUGUGCAUUUCUGUUUAAGUUGUUAAAUGUACUGUGCUUCAGUUAUCCACCAUUUGGUGAGAAGUAACUGGCCCAGGAAAAGACAAUAAAACAGGGCAUGUGUAAUAUUUAAUAAGUUUCAGCAAUAGAUAUUUAACUCAUAUUUCAUGUCAGUACUUUUUUGUAUCACUUAUAAAGGUACAGUUUAAUCUUUGUCACAGCUCUGUUGGCAACUGCAUUCCAUUGAAAAGUUGGCCUUGUGUAAAAUACCACCCUCAUUUUAAUAUUCAUGCUUUUGUGCCUUUAAGAAAAUAUUUUUUGUCAUUUUUGUGUUACAGAACUAUGAUAUGAUUCAGAGUGUUUUAGGCUUAAAUGUCAUAAAAAGGUCAUUUCUCUGUGUCACUUUAUUUCCUUUUAUAUAGCUAUACUAUAUUUAAACAGUAAUGCUGUACUUUUAUAAGGGUUUGUCUAUCUAUUUCAAAUAUAUUCUUACUCUCAGACAUCAUUGAAGUUGAUUUGUCAGAUUAUUCUGAGUAUUGUAAACAGUGCCUUUUCGAUGGAAUUCACACUGUUUGGGGUGUCAACUUGUGCCAUAUACACACACAAUUUUGUGGAAGGCGGUUUUAACUUUUUGAAGACUAGCUUAUCAAAAUUUAAGAAAACACAUAUGUAAAAUUCCAUUUUUCCAAUGGUUAGCAUUUCUAGUAAGUGAUGAGUAGGGUUUUUUGUUUGAUACACAGUGAUGAUGGCAUUAUUGAUGAGCCAUACAUGAGACUGCUGAUUAUUCUGAAUUAUGUUAAAUGUAUAGAAAUAAAAUACUAGCAUUUAUACAAAUUUUCCAAUUAGAGCCAAUGGAGGAAACCCCACAGAAAUCAGUAAGUUUACAUUUUGACUUUUAUCAUAUUUGACUCAACUGUAAAACAAAAUUCUUUAAAAUGUAUAACCUGCCACUGUUAUGUAAUUUGGUUUGAUUUUGUUCUACUUGUCUUAUGAGUUUUGUAUAUUUAAUUUACUUUUUGUUACUCUUAACUGCCAUCUGGUUUUGUUACAGUUUUUAAUUGAAGAUGGAUUGUUAAAAUUGUAUACGACCAGUGUCUUUUAAUAUGAUUAACAUCCUUAGAAAAGUCACAAGAAACCCAUGACAAAAUGAAUGUGAAUAUACUUUCAAAAACAUUUAGAAAAUUUUAUCUUUAUGCCUUUAUCAUGUAAAAUUGUUUUACAUUACAUAAAAAUUUUUCAUUUAAAGAAAAAUGCCAUGAAACAUUUGAACUGAUGAGCCGUAGAAUUUCAGAUUUUUUUUUCACUUUUAGCAUGAUAAAUAUACAUCUAAAUUUAAAUAUUGAUUAAUGGCCAUUUAUAAAUUCAAGCACUACCACUGGUCAGUUUUGUAUGAUAUAAUAAAAGUAUGUUAUCUGCAGUCUAAGUAUAGCACACUGUCAAAUUCUUUUCCUUAAGGUGCAUAGUAAAUAUACAGAAUAGUCAUAGGCUACUGUUUUGUAACGUACAUUUCUAAUCUGUUAUUCCUAACGUGUUAUAAAUGUUUGCAGAGAGAAAAGAAUUUUUCUAAUUAUCUGUCAAAUUAUGCUAAGUUCUACAAGUAGGCAUUCUAAAUAAAAUUUUUAAAA